AAAAUUUUUUUAUUUUGCUAAAGACAAUGUCAAGGAAACGAAAAGACAAGUUACAGACAGACUGGGAGAAAAUAUUUACAAAGGCACAUCUAAUCAAGGACUCUUAUCCAAAAUACACAAAGAACUCUUAAAAUCCAACAAUAAGAAAAUGAAUGACCCAAAUAAAAAAUGGGCAAAAGACCUGAAAACACACCUUAUCAAAGAUAUACAGAUAGCAAAGAAGCAGAGUAAAAGAUGCUCAACGUCAUAGACUUAUGGAGUUUCUGUUAAAACAAUGAAAUAGCAUGACACACGAUUGCAGUGCAGUAGAGCUUCCCCCAGGAAUACUGUUCCCAGGCUUGUGCAGGGCUGGUUCCCUCACUCUUUGCCUUUCUGUUUGCAGCAUAAAUGCCACUUCAUUGAGGUGUUGAGGAUUCCCUCACUCUGUCCCUUCCGCCUCUCACCACAAGCACCUGCUUUAUUUUACUAUAGCACCUGCUCUUUUUUUUUUCUCAUGCAUUUGCUUUUAUGCUCUGUCCAUUCAUUCCUACAGAUGGUGAGCUCCUGAGGGCAAGGCCCAUGCAGGUCAUUUUCAGCACUGCACCCUGGCCUAACUUGCCCCUUGCACAGGUGAGUGCUCCAGGCACAGUUUCUGAAUGAAUAAAUGAGAGUAUCGAAGAUCCCCCUUCCCACCUGUGAGGAGCUCACAUUGUGGAGAUGGAUGCUCACAGGAGAUGCAAGUUGGGUGGGAGGCAGGGGGACACCCAGAGUGACCCUGGGAGUUUCUCUGGCUGCAGCCGCCCCACUGAGCAGAAUGGGCAGCGCCUCCCCUGAUGGCCAGCACUGAAGACCCAGGCAAGGAACCUAGAAACAAAGCCCUCAUCUGGGUGUGGGUGUCCUCAAGGCAGUAGGACUCCCAGAGCUGAGGGGGGCAAUGAAGGGGGAGCUGUAAGCUCCAGGAGAGAUAAGAGGGGCGUCGGAAGGCUCCCUUGACCCCUCUUUCCCUCCACUGGCCCUGGGGGAGCCCAGUCCACCCCAUCCACUUCCAAAUGGGGGCCCGAGGCUGCAAGCAAGGACGCUCCCCUCCACAUGCAGGGCUCGGCCUCCCCUGCACCACCCAGGACCCCCGCUGUCCUGCAAGCCCCAGCCGCUCUGGGCCAGGACCCAGGGAGUGGAAGGCAUUUUCCAAGGGCACAGUGGCUCCCUGACGGGGAACCAAGGCCAGGCACGCUUCUCCCAGACUGGGGGCCUCGGGGCACCUGAGAAUGGCCAUCCUUGGUACAAGAGAGCAGGGACCCACUCCCGCGCACCCUGUGCCCCAGGGGACGCAGGACUCUGCACCCUGACCCUAGAGCUUGCCCUAGGAUGGCCCGGCCAUGGCGAGGCCCUGGAACGGUGAAGACUCUCUGCCCAUCAACCUAGCACCUCUGCCCUACCCUCAGUCGCAUAUGCACCCGGUGCGAGGGAGAAGGCAACCAGGAGGUCACGCCUAAGGGGGGGGCGUGAGCGGCAAUGCCAGCCAAUUGUAAAACCUUCCCUGCUCCUGCGUGGCUCUGCAAGCCAAUCGAAAACUCCGUCGUCUAUGCCGCCGGCCAAUCAGGAUGUCCAGAGCGCGGUGCUUCCAGCCAUUUGGGACUCCAGCUGGCUCUGCGCCUCCAGCCAAUCGGGGUGCCCGUCCUUAAUACAACCAGCCAGUCAGUGCCCGGCGCGCGACACCAGCAGUCAGGAAGCCCUGCGUUCAUGCUUCCAGCCAUUGUCGGAGUGUCAACCGUCACAAGGCACUUCCAGCCAGUCGCAACGGCGGGUCGCCAGCGCCGCAGUAGCUCGCGCGGUGCCUGUCGGUAGUCGCGUGCGGGGCGGCGGGGCGGCGGGGCGGCGGGGCGGGGGGCGGCGGGCGGCGGCCAUGGGAGAUAUCCCAGCCGUGGGCCUCAGCUCCUGGAAGGCUUCUCCAGGGAAAGUGACCGAGGCAGUGAAAGAGGCCAUUGACACAGGGUACCGGCACUUCGACUGUGCUUACUUUUACCACAAUGAGAGGGAGGUUGGAGCAGGGAUCCGUUGCAAGAUCAAGGAAGGCGCUGUAAGACGGGAGGAUCUGUUCAUUGCCACUAAGCUGUGGUGCACCUGCCAUAAGAAGUCCUUGGUGGAAACAGCAUGCAGAAGGAGUCUCAAGGCCUUGAAGCUGAACUAUUUGGACCUCUACCUCAUACACUGGCCCAUGGGUUUCAAGCCUCCUCAUCCAGAAUGGAUCAUGAGCUGCAGUGAACUUUCCUUCUGCCUCUCACAUCCUAGAGUGCAGGACUUGCCUCUGGACGAGAGCAACAUGGUCAUUCCCAGUGACACGGACUUCCUGGACACAUGGGAGGCCAUGGAGGACCUGGUGAUCACCGGGCUGGUGAAGAACAUCGGUGUGUCAAACUUCAACCAUGAACAGCUUGAGAGGCUUUUGAAUAAGCCUGGGUUGAGGUUCAAGCCACUAACCAACCAGAUUGAGUGCCACCCAUAUCUUACUCAGAAGAAUCUGAUCAGUUUUUGCCAAUCCAGAGAUGUGUCCGUGACUGCUUACCGUCCUCUUGGUGGCUCGUGUGAGGGGGUUGACCUGAUAGACAACCCUGUGAUCCAGAGGAUUGCAAAGGAGCACGGCAAGUCUCCUGCUCAGAUUUUGAUCCGAUUUCAAAUCCAGAGGAACGUGAUAGUGAUCCCCGGAUCUAUCACCCCAAGUCACAUUAAAGAGAAUAUCCAGGUGUUUGAUUUUGAAUUAACACAGCACGAUAUGGAUAACAUCCUCAGCCUAAACAGGAAUCUCCGACUGGCCACGUUCCCCAUAACUAAAAAUCACAAAGACUAUCCUUUCCACAUAGAAUACUGAGGACAGCCUCCCCUUCCUUGUUUCUGCUCAGCCCAGAUGCACAGACACCAUUGGUAAUGUUGACCCUCCUCUGUCAUCACAGCGCCAGGGCAGCUGUGCCUGGGACAGGAGCCACACAGUCAGAGGGGGAUGUAAGAGCCGCCUUCUCUGACAAAUCUGGAGAAUUGAGUGUGUUCUAAGUGAAGGCAAUGGGGUUUCUCCAAGACAGCCUGUGUGGCCUCUACUCUGAACAAAUACACUGAUGAGUCAUCAAUGAAAUUUGCCUUCACAUUUUAAGAAAACUUUAUCUUAUGGAGUUAUUUAAGCCAUCUACAGAGCUGAGGAAACAGUGUAAUGUGUCUCUGCCCCAUUGCGCAGCUCCACCCAUUGUGCCCCAGGCCAGCCCGCGUCACCUUCACUUCCUUCUGUGCCCUGCCAGUGACCCCCAGGUUAUUCUAAAGCAGAGUCCUUCCCUUCCCCCAGUGGGAAGGAAAAUGGGAUAAGUCUGGGACACUGUUUCAGUUCAAUAAAGAGGCUUUUUUCUUCCUUAAAAA